UUUACACUAUAUUGGUUAUUUAAACACAUUUUUUAAGGUAAAGUACUGAAAAUAAUAUAAUCACCCAUCCAUUGGGGAGUCAGUAGAAAAACACCUUGUCACUUCACGUGUUUCACUUCAAUUAGAUUUUACACUGGAUGACACAAAUUAAUUGCGUUGAGGAUAAAUCUUCGCCCUUAUUCAAUUCUCUCACUUUUAAAUGGGCCAUAUCAUAGUUACCUCGUGCCUCUGUGUCAGGACGAGUUUUUCUUACGAAACCAUGAUAUGAAAAUCCUAAAUUUAAAAUGUGUUCGCCUACAGGUUCAUUUUCAUGUAAAUCAAACUCAUUUCCAUAUGAAAAGUUUUGCACGAAGACUCGUUUUCAAACAGAGGCAGAAAUGGCCCAUUGUCUGACCUGAGUACUUAUUGGGUCGAUACAUGUUGGGCCUUAUUUGAUUUCAGUUCCAGUUCCUCAGUUGAUGCUCGGCUCAGGCGAGACGGAGUCGAGUUGUUCAAUACAUUGUGGGGUCGCCUUACACCUGGCUGUGUUCCCUCUCAGGGGAUGGGUAUCGUAAUAGACUUGAAGGAAAAGAAGAUCAUGAGUCUUUCUCCUCUUCCACCUCCCGCAUCACCGGGAUCUGUCAGCGGCGAGGAAUCCACAGCGUCAAGGAAGAGCCACAAGAGAAAAGCUUCUCGAGCGGCAUCGCCUGCAGAUUUGAGUCAUUUGGAUUCUCAACCCGACACACCCAUGAGUGUUGAGUCCGCGAAUUCUGAAGCCAGCAAACUCCGCCUCAAGAUAAAGAUUGCAGGUGAAGAAAGCGGUGCUGAAAGUGGAGGUGAGGUUCGAAUAAAACCAGAUCCCGAUGGAGGCGUUGCCGGGCACAAAAAACACAAGAAAAAGAAAAAGAAACACAAAAACAAAGAAGACCGGGAGAAAAGGAAACUAAGCACGAGUAGCAGUAACUAUGAUUCACCACUCAUGUUCGACACCAGUCUUACAUAGGUAUCAUUACUCGAAGACGAGGCUGUAAACGUAAUCUUGUCAAUACAAGGCCUGGAAACCAUGUGGUCUGUUCAAUUCUUGCCAAACAUUUCUGCCUUUAGGAGCUGCAACGAAACACAGCAGACUUUGGCAAAGGACACACCCUUCAAAAAAGAGAACAUUUUCAGAAAAACAGUUGAGAGCUAAAUUAUAAUUUAGGAAAUACUUGUAAACUGUUCUAUUAGGCAAGAUGGUUUGUGUGGAUUUUACAUCAAAUGUCUUAAAUAUGAAUGAGCCUUAAGUAACCACACAAAUCUCAAUGUAACAUAUUGACAGUUUGCCAUGAAGCCUGCGAACGCAGACGUAUUUCCGGUUGUCGCUUGUCUCCGCUGUUUAUGUAAUAGGCCUGUAAUCUGUACAUGAGUUGUUGCCUUAGAAAUUAAUCGUUAAAAUAUGUAAAGAAAAAAUAAAAUCAAAUACUGAUGAUAAUAAAGCACAAUCAAGCUCACCCUUGGGAACGUAGGGACGGUUAGUCGGGGCGAGACGAACUACGCAAA